UAGCAGAGAAGCCAGCACCGUACACCAACGUGAUCAUGCCCAGUCUCUUCAGCAUCAUCUGUUUCCUGGGCAUCGUGGGGAACCUCAUUGUCAUCUACACUAUCGUCAAGAAGAAGAAGCUGAGAUGCAAACAGACUGUGCCUGACAUUUUCAUCUUCAACCUCUCCAUUGUGGACCUCCUCUUCCUCUUGGGCAUGCCCUUCCUCAUCCACCAGCUCCUAGGCAAUGGCUCCUGGUACUUUGGAGCUCCCCUAUGCACCAUCAUCACUGCCCUGGACACCAACAGUCAGAUCACCAGCACCAACAUCCUUACAGUGAUGACACUGGACCGGUACCUGGCGACUGUCUACCCUCUAAAAUCUACCUAUGUCCGGACCCCGUGUGUUGCAGCUCUAGUUAUCUGCUUGGUGUGGCUCCUCUCCUUCCUGACCAUCAUUCCUGUGUGGAUGUACGCAGGUCUCAUGCCUCUGGAGGAUGGGACUGUCCGCUGUGCUCUCUUGCUUCCCAACCCAGAGACCGAUAUCUACUGGUUCACCCUCUACCAGUUCAUGCUGGCAUUCGCUGUGCCACUGAUUGUGAUCUGUGUGGUCUAUUUUAAGAUCCUCCAGCACAUGGCCACCACUGUGGUCCCAUUGCCCCAGAGGAGCCUCCGGAUACGUACCAAGAAAGUCACCCGCAUGGCAGUUGCCAUCUGCUCUGCCUUUUUUAUUUGUUGGGCUCCCUUCUACAUCCUCCAGCUGGUUCACCUCGGCAUCGAGACACCAUCCAUGGCCUUCUUCUAUGCCUACAACUUUGCCAUUAGCUUGGGCUAUGCCAACAGCUGCCUCAAUCCCUUCCUCUAUAUUGCCCUCAGCGAGACCUUCAAACGCCAGUUCUUAGUGGCCAUCCGCCCUGCAAAAGAACCAUGUCGCAACAGCAGCUCUGUCAACAAUAACAGCAUGACGGAGGCUAGUGUAUGUCUAAAACUGGCACCAGAAUCCACCCAGCAGACCCAGUUUCUGGAAGACUUUUCCCCACGUUCACUGCCUGUGACUGUGGCUGUUCACUAG